UGGGAGAAACAAAGAAAAAGAGUAAUUUGCAGAUGAAGAUCAUGAGACACUCUCAAGCUGUCGUCAAUCUUGGUAUGACUGUAACAUGGGCGUUGAUACUAUGGAAAGGACUUAUGUGUUUUACUGGUACUGAAUCGCCUAUUGUUGUGGUUCUUUCUGAAAGCAUGGAGCCAGGAUUCAAAAGGGGUGACAUUUUAUUCCUUGUUGGUAUGAACAAGAAAGAAGAUUCUAUCUAUGUUGGACAAAUACUUGUAUUCAAAAUUGAUGGACGCCCUAUUCCAAUAGUUCAUCGAGUUAUAGAGGUUCAUGGAGAUGGUCAAGGUGUUGUUGAUGUGCUUACCAAAGGUGAUAAUAAUGAAGUAGAUGAUAGAUCUCUAUAUGCUCAUGGUCAAUUCUGGCUACAAAGACAUCAUAUCAUGGGAAGGGCUGUUGGGUAUUUGCCUUAUCUUGGUUGGGUCACUAUUAUAAUUACUGAAAACCCCCUAAUCAAGUAUCUUUUGAUAGGUGCCUUAGGACUUGUUCUCUUAAGUUCUCAAGAUCCUUAACUUCGCUUCCAAAUGUCUAAUCGAUGGAUUAAUAUUGUAAUUCGAAUAAAAU